AUGUCCGAAGAAACGUCAGCGGAUCGCAAUGUCGAAAUAUGGAAGAUCAAGAAGCUCAUCAAGAGUUUGGAAAUGGCAAGAGGCAAUGGAACAUCAAUGAUAUCGCUGAUCAUACCACCCAAGGAUCAGAUCUCGCGAGUAUCAAAAAUGCUGGCGGACGAAUUUGGUACGGCAUCCAAUAUCAAAUCCCGAGUUAACAGGUUGUCUGUACUUGGAGCCAUAACGUCAGUACAACAUCGUCUCAAACUCUACACUAAAGUUCCGCCUAAUGGUUUGGUGAUUUACUGCGGUACCAUCGUCACUGAGGAGGGUAAAGAGAAGAAAGUGAACAUUGAUUUUGAACCCUUCAAACCAAUCAAUACCUCACUUUAUCUAUGCGACAACAAAUUCCACACUGAGGCCCUCACAGCCCUUUUGGCCGAUGAUAACAAGUUCGGAUUCAUCGUGAUGGAUGGUAACGGAGCACUGUUCGGUACCCUGCAGGGAAACACUAGGGAGGUGCUCCACAAGUUCACCGUGGACCUGCCCAAGAAGCACGGCAGGGGUGGUCAAUCGGCGCUCCGCUUCGCCCGCCUGAGGAUGGAGAAGCGGCACAACUACGUGCGCAAGGUGGCCGAGGUGGCCACGCAGCUGUUUAUCAGCGCGGACAGGCCGAACGUGGCAGGGCUGAUCCUGGCCGGCUCGGCCGACUUCAAGACUGAGCUGUCCCAGUCGGAUAUGUUCGACCCACGUCUCCAAUCCAAAAUCAUCAAGCUGGUGGACGUGUCCUACGGUGGGGAGAACGGCUUCAAUCAGGCCAUAGACCUCGCAGCGGAAUCAUUGCAGAAUGUCAAGUUCAUACAGGAGAAGAAGCUGAUUGGCCGCUACUUUGAUGAGAUAUCGCAGGACACCGGUAAAUACUGUUUCGGUGUGGACGACACCUUGCGCGCCUUGGAACUCGGCUCUGUCGAGACCCUUAUCUGCUGGGAGAACCUUGACAUUCAGAGAUAUGUGCUAAAAUCCCACUCCGCCAACCAAGAGACCAUCCUCCAUCUGACUCCUGAACAGGAAAAGGACAAAUCGCAUUUCACCGAUAAAGAGAGCGGCCUCGAGCUUGAGCUGGUUGAGUGUCAGCCGUUGCUUGAGUGGCUCGCGAACAACUACAAGUCUUUUGGUGCAACUCUCGAGAUCAUAACGGACAAGAGCCAGGAGGGCAGCCAGUUUGUGAGGGGAUUCGGUGGCAUUGGCGGUCUCCUUCGCUACAAGGUUGACUUCCAGUCUAUGCAGCUCGAGGAUGAGGAGAUUGAAAACCUCUACGACGUCGACGACUAC